AUGGUCGCAACUAAGAUUGACGGCACCGCUGUCGCCAAGAAGAUCCGGGAGACGUUGGCCAGCGACGUUCUGGAGAAGCAGAAGCUGAAUCCCAGAUUCCAACCGUGUCUCAAGAUUAUUCAGGUCGGCGAUAGAUCGGACUCUGCCACCUAUGUGCGCAUGAAGGAUAAGGCCGCCAAGGAGGCGAACAUUGGCUGUGAAUUGAUUCACUUCCCCGAAUCCAUCUCUGAGCCCGAGCUCCUUGACCGCAUUUACCGCCUCAACGAUGACCCCGCCGUCCACGGCAUUCUGGUGCAAUUGCCUUUGCCCAAGCACCUCGACGAGUACACUAUUACCUCUGCUGUCUCGGACGAGAAAGACGUCGAUGGCUUCGGCACCAGGAAUAUCGGCGAGCUGGCGAAGAGGGGUGGUCGCCCUCCCUUCGUGCCGUGCACUCCCAAGGGUGUCAUGGUCCUUCUCCAGGAGGCUGGUGUUGACUUGAAGGGCAAGAAUGCUGUCGUUCUUGGUCGCAGCGAUAUCGUCGGCAGCCCUGUGAGCUACCUCCUCCGUAACGCUGACGCGACUGUCACCGUGUGCCACUCCAAGAGCAAGGACUUGCAGGACCACCUGAAGGCUGCCGACGUCGUCGUCGCUGCUAUUGGCCAGCCUGGCUUUGUCAAGGGCGAGUGGCUCAAGCCCGGCGUUGUUGUCAUUGACGUUGGCACCAACUACAUCCCCGAUGCUUCCAAGAAGUCGGGUCAGCGUCUUGUAGGAGACGUCGACUUCGAGUCUGCUUCGCAGGUCGCUUCUCACAUCACCCCCGUCCCUGGUGGUGUCGGUCCCAUGACCGUCGCCAUGCUCAUGCACAACGUCAUCGAUUCGGCGGUCCAGGCUUUCGAGAGAGAAAAGCAGAGGAAGAUUGUGCCUCUUCCUCUCCACCUGAAGGAGCCCGUCCCUUCCGACAUCGAAGUCUCCAGAUCCCAGAACCCCAAGCAGAUCACUCGUUUGGCGAAGGAGGUUGGCAUCGCAUCACACGAGCUCGAGCCCUACGGAGCCUACAAGGCCAAGGUUGACCUCAGCCUUCUGAAGCGCCUUGACCAUCGUCGCAACGGCAAGUACGUUGUUGUUACGGGUAUCACCCCUACUCCCCUUGGAGAGGGCAAGUCGACCACCACCAUGGGUAUCGCCCAGGCAUUGGGCGCUCACCUGGGCCGCAUUACCUUCGCCAACGUCCGUCAGCCCAGUCAAGGUCCUACCUUUGGUAUCAAGGGUGGUGCUGCUGGCGGCGGCUACAGCCAGGUCAUUCCUAUGGAUGAGUUCAACCUCCACUUGACUGGUGAUAUUCACGCCAUCACCGCUGCCAACAACCUUCUCGCCGCUGCGAUCGAGACUCGCAUGUUCCACGAGAACACUCAGAAGGACGGACCCCUCUUCAGACGUCUUGUGCCUGCUAAGAACGGUAAGAAGGAGUUCGCUCCCGUCAUGUUCCGCCGCCUGAAGAAGCUCGGCAUCGACAAGACCAACCCCGACGACCUGACGGAGGAGGAGAUCCGCCGCUUCGCCCGCCUGGAUAUCGACCCUGAGACCAUCACCUGGAGACGCGUGCUGGAUGUCAACGACAGACAUCUGCGAGGCAUCAACGUCGGCGUCGCCCCCACUGAGAAGGGCCACACCCGCGCGACCGGUUUCGACAUCUCGGUUGCAAGCGAGUGCAUGGCUAUCCUUGCCCUCAGCACUAGCUUGGCUGACAUGCGUGAGCGCCUCGGCCGCAUGGUCGUCGCCAGCUCCAAGAGCGGCGAGCCCGUCACUUGCGACGAUCUUGGUGCCGGCGGUGCUCUCACUGCUCUCAUGAGAGAUGCCAUCAAGCCCAACCUCAUGCAGACUCUGGAGGGAACUCCCGUGUUUGUGCACGCCGGUCCCUUCGCCAACAUCAGUGUCGGCAACAGCUCCAUCUUGGCUGACAAGAUGGCCCUGAAGAUCGUCGGUACUGAGCCCGAUGAGGAACACUCUGAGAAGGCUGGUUUCGUCGUGACUGAGGCUGGCUUCGACUUCACCAUGGGUGGAGAGCGUUUCUUCAACAUCAAGUGCCGCGCUUCUGGUCUUGUGCCGGACGUCGUCGUCGUCGUGGCUACCGUCCGUGCCCUCAAGGUCCACGGAGGCGGUCCCCCCAUCGCCCCCGGUGCUCCUCUCAACGCCGUCUACAAGGAAGAGAACGUCGACAUUCUGCGCGCCGGCUGCGUCAACCUUCGCAAGCACAUCGAGAACGCCAAGUCCUACGGUAUCCCCGUCGUCGUGGCCAUCAACAAGUUCGUCACGGACACCGACGCCGAAAUCGCAGUCAUCCGCGAGGAGGCCAUCGCCGCCGGUGCCGAGGAUGCCAUCCUCUCCAACCACUGGGCCGAGGGUGGCAAGGGCGCCGUCGAGCUCGGCAAGGGCGUCAUCGCCGCCAGCGAGAAGCCCAAGGACUUCAAGCUCCUCUACGACCUCGAGGGCUCCGUCCAGGAGCGCAUCGAGGCCAUCGGCCAGAAGAUGUACGGCGCCGCCGCUGUCGAGUUCAGCGAGCUGGCCCAGAAGAAGGUCGACACGUACACCAAGCAGGGCUUCGGCAACCUGCCCAUCUGCGUCGCCAAGACUCAGUACUCUCUUUCCCACGACCCCGACCUGAAGGGUGCGCCCACCGGCUUCACCGUCCCCGUGCGGGACGUCAGAAUGGCCGCCGGUGCGGGUUACCUGUACGCGCUCGCCGCCGACAUCCAGACCAUCCCGGGGCUGCCCACGGCCCCAGGCUAUUUGAACGUCGACGUCGACACCGAGACGGGCGAGAUUGACGGCUUGUUCUAA